AUGCUAGGUUGUAAGGCAGCCGAGACACCCCUUGAACCAAACUUAAAGCUACAACUGGCCAAAGAAGAAGAAAUGGUGAUCAGGGAGCAAUAUCAGAGACUCGUUAGAAGACUAAUAUAUUUGGCUCAUACACGCCCAGAUAUCGCAUUUGCAGGACACUUGCAAAUUGAGGUUUACACAGAUGCUGACUGGGCUGGAAGUUCAACUGAUAGAAGAUCAACAUCGGGCUACUGUACCUUUGUUGGUGGGAACCUAGUUACUUGGCGAAACAAGAAACAAAAUGUCGUUGCGAGAAGUAGUGCUGAAGCCGAGUGGAUAGAGAAAAUGUCUUGCUCAAGGACUUUGUGA